AUGAGAAUAUUGGUCUUCUUAGACAGAUAUGCUUUCGUCUGCAACAACUGGCUCUCUCCCACUCGCGGUGACGGCAAGACCACCCGGCACAUCCCCGUCCUUGACACAUCACUCGCAGACGGCGGAAGUCUCUUCGACAUCCUGUCCAAACGGAAGCUCUACAACGACCAUCUUUGGCUGUCCGUCGCUAAGCGACCGACCUAUAGCGUCUUCUCUCGAGUGCAGCGCUUCCUGUGUGCUGUAGCCCUGCUCUACCUCGCUAUGAUUACCAACGCGAUGUUCUAUCAGACAGAGCAGGAGGAUGGGGGUAACAGCAGUAGCAGUGACGUGCAGAACUCUGGCCUGCAGAUUGGAAUCGUCAGAGUAACCUACAGAACUGUCUACGUGGGCAUUUUUUCCUCAAUUAUUAUCGUCAUACCCGGAUUUCUCAUGACCUGCAUGUUCCGGAACCGGAAGUUGAAGCUGAGCCCUUCUCAAAAGCUGGGCGUCCGUGCGCAGUCUUCCAAGUGCGCAACUUCCACCUCUUCUUCUUCCCCUUCACACACCGGGGUCAGUGAACCCCGCCUUGGUCCCAAUAGGACGCAACUGAAUGAAGCCGAAGUAAACUACGCCUUUGUUGAAGAUGAAGACGGAAGCAAUAUGGUUACCAAUGACUCAAAGAAGAACGAUUUAAAAGAACUUUUUCGGAGAUUAGACGCGAAUACUGAAGGUGCUGCUGAUAUUUUUGAAUGUUCUAAGAUUGGUUCUAAGGAAGGGCUUGGAACUGAAUUUGAUCAACAAAAUGUUGAGGGGAGGGACAGUUCUGCGAAUGUUUCUAGUAGGACUAGUUCAGGAAAGAUAAGGACUCCAACAGAUAUACAGUGUGCUGAACAUGAAAGUUUGGCGUCUUCGGACCUAAGUAGAGCGAGCACGGGAAAGGUUCCAACCCCAGUCGAUGAUCGGGAAAGUGUAGCGUCUUCGUGUGUAAGUAGAAUCAGCACCGUAACCGGUGUGGUAGAGAAUGACUACAAACCGCGUCACGUGACUGCUAAAUAUAGCUCUCUGAAAGAGCCUCCGACUCCUGUGAUGGCGGAGUUGACAGCACAUUCUCUCCCUGGCCAGGAAAAGUGCGACUUGUCCCGGGUUCCGACCUUCACGAGCACCGGGUUUAUGUCGCUCUACGAGCUUGCUCCAAGCAACUGCUCAGGGACGUCUCAGAACUACUCACCAAAGUACGUGCCCAAAACAGACGCUGGGGGAGUGAAAGGAGACGUUCCAAGCCCAGCCCACUAUUCGCUUAAAAGCAACGUAAAAAGCGUUGUGCAUUAUUCGGACACUAUUGAAACGUUCGACGUGAUUCGUCAUCAACAGCUGGUUCACAGAAAAAAGUACGAGGUCAAAACGGAGGACGAGGAAUCGAUGAAAAUCAAGGGGCCCUCGUGUUUGCUUCCGUGGUGGUCGGCUAUUGUUGGGUAUUGCAUCGUGUUCCUUUCUAUUGCGACGUCGGCGUCCUUCACCUUCUUCUACAGCUUAGAGUGGGGAGGGGAGACCUCCUUACAGUGGAUGGCGAGUUUAUUUUUCAGCGCAACCACCGGGACCCUCUUGCUGGAACCUCUGAAGAUCGUCCUGGUUGCCCUACUGUUGACCUGCCUGUUGAGAGAUUCGGCCCAGAAUGAACUGGCAGAAAUCGCCCCUGUGACGUCAGACUGUGACGUAGUAGCCCCAGAACACCUGCAAG